AUGUCGCGAAGUGUGGCAUGGCGACGAACAUGUAAUGAUCUAGUCAACUGGCGCCAGACUGAAGCUCUCAAUGCCACCAUGUACAUCCUGCGAGAGACUGGCCCAACUGGCUUUCUGCUACAGGAGGAAGGCGAGUCAAAACCCUACAAGGCCUACCUGGGGGACCCCCACACAUGUACCUGUCCUCAGUUUAAGAAGGACAGAGAUCUGUGUAAACACAUAUGCUGGCUGCUGCUCAAGAAGUUCAGGGUGCCACAAAAUGAUUCCAUAACAUGGCAGCUUGGUCUAGUGGAGAGAGAAAUCAAUGGCAUUCUACAUGGCUUUGCUGCAAAGCAACAGCGACAACAACCCCAAGGGCCACGAUGGCAGAGGGCUCAGUCAGGUAACAGUGAGGGUAAAGAGAGUGGGAGGGAAGCCCUACAGCAACGGCCAAUUGGGGAUGAUGAUGUUUGCCCUAUUUGCCAAGAUGAGCUCCUGUCAAAGCACCUUCCUGUGACAUACUGCAAAUUUGGAUGUGGAAACAGCAUUCAUAUCAAAUGUAUGAAGGUUUGGGCAGAUCACCAGAAGUCUUCUGGCGAUACAGUCAUCAAAUGCCCAUUUUGUCGUGAGGAUUUUGGACCCUUUGAGCUGCUCAAGCAGGAAAGUCGGAAUGCCAUAGGGGCUCCUCAGGGUGGCAGAAUGGAUCGCCAUCUUGGAACUGAUUGUCAGAGUUGCCAUAUAUCACCAAUAGAAGGAAAAUGCUACAGGUGUCGUGUGUGCACCAACUUCCAUCUGUGCCAGACCUGCUUCAACACUGCUACUCAUACUCAACACCCAUUUGAGUAUCGUCAUAAGCGUAACCAGCAUUGGAAAGCUGCACAAAGGAUGUAUGGAGCAGUACUUCCGCAGGCUGUAGCCGAAAGUCUAGCGAACCGUGAAAUCUCGGAAAAUGACUAUGACCUUCUCAUGCAGCUUGACAGUAACACUUCAACCCAACAGAGUGACAUUCCAGAAAGUGUGGUGAAUUCAUUUCCUCUUGAGAAAGUACGAGAAAAUGGCCCCCUCCUCGCUCCAGGGAUGCAGUGCAGAGUGUGUCUCCGUGGAUACCAAGUUGGACAGUUUGUCAGGAAGCUGCCUCGCUGUAAACACAAGUUCCACAGAGACUGUAUAGAUAACUGGCUCCUCCACUCUCACUCAACAUGUCCAGUUGAUGGCCAUAGUGUGUGGGAUCCCCACUCGGAUCAGAUAGAUGAUACAGAACAGCGUACCAGAGCACCUAGACAAGCAAAGGAAAAUGGUCAGACAUCCAGAAAGGAAUUGGUCCUGGAGGUGCCAGGAAUUGGAAUUGUUAGGCAGACAGAAGAAACAGCUGCUCGUGAAAGUGCUCUUAGAGGUUUUGGAAGACGACUUCCUGGUACACAGCCCCAGCUUAAACAAAGUCGUGGUUCCAGCUCCGACAGCAAAAACGUCAUCCCUCUUAGAUCAAGCUUUACAUUAAGUGGUGUCAGCUUUGGUAACAGUUCUGAAGGGGCCUCUGGUGGCAGUGAAACAACUCCAGUUGAAGAUCUCCCUGGCAACCGACUACUCGGACGUGCUCAGGCUCGUCGCUCAACCCUCAACAAAAAGCUUGCAGUUAGAAGUCAAAGGCCAAAGCAGAAGGAAAGCAGGACACAACAAGAAAUAAAUGGUGCUCAGUUUGACAUUCAUUCAAUGCCAGUCGUACCACAAGAGCAGCAUAUUGAUGAUGUGCUAGGUCCUAUGACCCCAACUCAGAGAACUAUCAUGAAUCACCUCGCCAUGCUGCACACACCAGAUGAGGACGAGAUCCUGGGCGACAUUAAUCCAUCCACACCUCAGCGAGUUCAUUGUAUGCGUACCUCUAUGCUCAGUAGCACGGACAUGAGAUCACCGUUUGUGCGAGAUUUACCUCCCCUGAUUGAGUCUGAACAGGAACACGAGACACCAGACUACCCAACUAUUGGAGAGUGUGAUCAGGAGACAGCUUCCCUCAACAGUUCAAUCAGUCUGAAUCAACACAGAUACAGACAUACAAAUAGACAGCCUGAGAUGGAGGCACAGACAGACACUGUCGUCACGACCUCUGUAAGGUCAACACCUGAAAUCAGAUCAUGCACUGGGUCUCAGAGGUCCUUGACAAAUGGUGCAGUAACCCCUUAUGGUGAAACUGUAGGAGGAAGUGAGGUCAGUGAAGGUCAGACGAGCAUAAGAAGUAGGGGCAGACAAGCAGACAUAGAAUACAUGUUGAGCUUUAUCUCAGAAGAUCGAGGACACAGUGCUGCCACAGGAAGUAAUCGAAGUAACCGUUCCCGGAGCCGAGAUAGAGUGGAGUCUGCUUCAACUAGUUCCACCAUUACAGAAGAAGAGUCAGCAAUCAGGAAAAGACUGCAGCAUUACAAAGACUUGUAUGUCGGCAACAGUCCAGAUGGUCAAUCUCCAGUAGAUGCUGUCACAAGGGGGCGCCCUCCACGCAACCCCAGGCGACAGUUUGGUGAACACCUAGCACUGAGGCAGACUAAAAGUCGCAAGAAGAUGGAACACCGUCGUCAAAAUAAUGACCUUGCUUUAGAGGGAAAUGCAUUUGGGAAUCUCACACUAAGAGAUCUCAUAUGA